CAAUUGUGCAAUUUUCCACAUUCGAAAAUCGAAAUAAACGAAACAGUACACACAAAGAAUCACAUCACAGUUGUUGCGAGAAAACGAAUCAUCAUGUCGACACUCGAUUCCGACGUAACCAUGGUUCCCGCCGGCGAACCUUCAAGCAGCGCCGCCGGUCCAUCUUCCAAGAAACCCAAACGCUUCGAGAUUAAGAAGUGGAACGCCGUUGCUCUCUGGGCUUGGGAUAUCGUUGUUGAUAACUGUGCUAUUUGCCGUAACCAUAUCAUGGAUCUCUGUAUUGAGUGCCAAGCUAAUCAGGCUAGUGCUACUAGCGAGGAAUGCACUGUUGCUUGGGGGGUUUGUAACCAUGCUUUUCACUUCCAUUGCAUUAGUAGAUGGCUCAAGACUCGUCAAGUGUGUCCUCUUGACAACAGUGAGUGGGAGUUUCAGAAAUACGGCCACUAGAUCUUUGACAUCUUUGUUGUCCAUCCUAGCUUUUGAAAAUCUACAGUUGUCUCAUAUUUUCUUUUGAUUGUCUACUGGAUUUUAUUAUUUCAAGAAAGCAGUUUGUUUAAUGGAUUUUCGUACACACCAACAGCAAAUGUAAAGUUUUAUUUUAAUGUCUUGAUAUAUGCAUUUCCUAGUUUGCAUUGCAAUUGAUGA